AUGUCAUCAUUCAAUGCACCAUCUGUUAUCACCAUGCGAGUAAAGCACUUGAACCACUUAACAAUUGUUUAUGAUCCGAAUCGGACCAUGAACAAUGUACAAGAUCAGUUUAGGUCCUUUUUUGAAUGUCGGGAAGAAUACAAUGGGAAACCUAGGGUAGAGAAUGCUUUUGCACCACAUAGUGCGAAUGCGCAUUGA